AUGGACGAAGCUGUGAGGCCCAGCUACAAGGCCAGUUUUGGUGAUCGUUUACUUGUGGGUUUCUUUCAUCUCGUCAACAAGAUCGUUCCAUGGCACAAGCUCCCCAGCUUGGUCGGCGCCCUCAAUUUAGAGGCUUUACGUGUCGAGCUUCGCCAAUACAACUUACAUGAUGUCUACCCGUCUGGAGAUGCCCAAGGCACCCAGUCCGUCGUACCUAUGACCGACAAGCGAUUCGAAACUGCCCGCAACUCUGAUGGCAAGUUCAAUUCAACCGAGAUGCCACUCAUGGGAUGCACUGGGAUGCGCUUGGGACGCAAUUUCCCCAGAGCCUUUUGCCCGAAGCCGUACGAGGAGGAUCUGUGGAAUCCGAAUCCAAGAAUGUUGAGCGACCGCUUCAUGGCCCGAAAAUCCUUCAUCCCAGCUACAUCAUUGAACCUCCUUGCCGCAGCCUGGAUCCAAUUUCAAACUCACGACUGGUUCUUCCAUCAAGAUAGUGAGAAGAACUACGAUAUCCCUUUGCCCGAUGGAGACAAGUGGCCCUAUGGCAAAAUGGAACUGCCACAGACGGAACCAGAUGUGGAACUCAGCGACACCGACCGCAAGAGCCCUGGCUACAAGAACGUCAACACGGCAUGGUGGGACAGCUCGCAAAUCUACGGUUCGAGUGAGGGUGUGACAGAGAAAUUGCGAAAGCAGCACAGCGAUGGCAAGCUGUUGCUCACCAAGGAAUACCACGCACAGUUCCUGCCGCGUGAUGACCAGGGCAAUCCACUGACAGGGUUCAACAACAACUGGUGGAUCGGCAUGGAGAUGUUGCACACUCUCUUCGCGCUGGAACACAACUCGAUUUGCGACAUGUUGCGGCGAAACUACCCUGACAUGACCGGCGAUCAGAUCUUCGACAAGGCUCGGCUCGUCAACUGUGCGCUGAUGGCCAAGAUCCACACGGUGGAAUGGACCCCGGCCAUUCUCGCCCACCCAACGCUCAAAAUCGGCAUGAAUGCGAACUGGUGGGGGCUUGUCGGCGAGUCCUUGACCAAGAUGUUGGGUCGGAUCUCCAAGACCAGCGAGGUCAUCAGCGGCAUCCCGGGCUCAGGAGUCGACCAGUUCGGCGUGCCGUAUUCCCUCACCGAGGAGUUCGUCUCCGUUUACCGUAUGCACUCUCUCAUCCCGGACACAAUUGCCUUCUUCGACGCGCAUGAUGGCGAACUGAAGCUCCACAAGCGUGUCGAGGACAUGAUCUUCGCUAACGCCCAGAAACCGCUGGAUGGGACCAUCACCUUUGCCGACGCCUUCUACUCCUUUGGCAUUAACUAUCCCGGCGCGAUCACCAACUCGAACUAUCCGGACUUCCUCCGCAAUUUGACCACCCCCGAUGGGCUACACCGGGACAUGGGUACCGUGGACAUUCUUCGAGACCGUGAGCGCGGGGUACCACGAUACAACCAAUUUCGACGACUGUUGCGCAUGGCACCUGCCAAGACCUUCGAGGAGCUGACGGGUGGCAACAUGGAACUGGCUGCAGCGCUCUCGGACGCGUACGGCGGCGAUAUCGAGCUGGUGGACACGCUGAUCGGGUCACACAGCGAGCCUGUGCCGGCUGGAUUCGGUUUUAGCGACACGGCAUUCCGCAUCUUCAUUCUCAUGGCGUCGCGCCGAUUGAAGAGCGACCGCUUCAUUGCGGGCCAAUGGAAUGCCGCGACCUACACCAAGGAAGGCCUACAGUGGGUGCAGAACACGGGCAUGAAAGAUGUGCUGAUCAGACAUUUCCCCGAGCUGAGACAGGUAUUGAACCAGAAGAGCGUCAAGAAUGUCUUUGCUCCCUGGGCGAAGUUGCCUGGGUCCGUGUCGUAUCAGGGGAUCGAGACCAAUCCGCCGCCCAAGAAGAAAAAGAAGUGA